CCCUGUCGGCCUGUGUAUUCUCUUUCUCCGUCUUCUCUUUACCCUCUCCCGCCAGUCAGAACUCUCACCGAUGGCUGAAUGGAGGAAGAACCAAAUCGGCGAUGGUGAAGAAGAGGAAGAAGAUUAUAUGGGUGACCUCUCUCAGUUUCUACCGCCCGAAGCAUCUGAUCCUCCCGAGAAGUUCUAUUCAAAGAAGAGCUCCAAUGAAAAAAAUAGUGAGCAGUCAUUUAAAAAGAAAUCAAAAAUCCUUAGCUGGCAAGAACAGCGAAAACUUGAAAGAGAGAGAAAACAAAUAGAAGAGGAUGAGCAGACAUUAGCGAGAUUAGAAGCUCCGAUUCCACAAUCUAACAUAGGCUUCAAGUUAUUAAAACAAAUGGGUUACACACCAGGCUCAGCCAUUGGGAAAGAGGGCUUAGGUCGGGCUGAGCCAGUGGGACUUGAAAUACGUCGGUCAAGAGCUGGGAUUGGUCGGGAGGACCCACAUAAGGAGAAGAGGAAGAGAGAGGAGAUUGAGGCAGAGAGGAAAAGGAGGAAAGAAGAGGCUCUGAUGGUGGAUUUUGGCUCUAGGCAAAAGUCACAAUGGCAAGCUCGUAGAAUUGCAGUAAAUUUCAAGAAGGCGAAGGCAGCUCUUGAUCAACUGGAGAACAAAGAAGUUGUGCCAGAUAAGAAUGAAGAGGAUGAGGAUGGCGAGCAGGAUGAAGAGGAAGAGGAAGAGAUAACAGAAGAGGAUUUGCAAGAUAUAUUGAUGAAAUUGAGAGAUGAACAUCUAUAUUGCCUCUUCUGUGGAUUUCAGUAUGAAUCAAUGGAAGCACUCUCAGGUGAAUGCCCUGGAUUGGACGAAGAUGACCACUGAAGCCAAUUCUGUAGAUGCUGACACCCAAUCACACUAUUCCUUCCGAAGAACAAGACGGUUGCAAGCUGGAUGUUAUCGCCUGCAAGGUAUCGCAGGUUGUAUAGUAGCUCCUCAUUCCUUAUCAAGGAAGUUUCUGCACUUUCGCAUGCCCGAUUUUAGACAGUUUGAACUAUGAAUCUGUCUCUUGAACUUCUCUAUGGGCAGAUUGCCGUUGGAGAUGAAAUCUUUAUUCCACCAUAGUUUAUUGUCAUCAGAGUCUACUCUGAAAUAUGUCAAGGCAGUAGAGGUUGAAAUCAAUUUAUUUUGUUACCCAAUUAUAAAUUGAGUCUUUUUCUUUUCUAAUUUUCUGUCACUCUCUUGUAAUAUAUCAGUGUGAACAUUACUGUGGGGGCCUCAAGGCAUAUGCCAUCUUUGACCCACCCACAAAAAAUAAGGACCAUCCCAAUUAUUUAGUGGGCCUGAAUCUUGACUUUGUAA